GAUUAUGGUGUUCUCCCCUUCAUGUGUGGUUAUUGAUCUUGUCAAGCCCCACGUAGAGUAACGCCCCUUCGAACAUGGCGUCAAGUGGAAACCUGUAUUCCUGAUCUUGUUACUUUUUAUUUUUACACUGUCGCUUCGAUUUACUAAAUCUAAUAAAGAACCAACUCUAGAUUUUCUUUCAUAGAUUUUAGUCAGUGCCAGAACCUAAAGCCUUUAUUUGUGAACUUGUGCUUCAACUUGAGAUCAAGAGCAAACACAAGAAACAGCUUUAUUUAAAACACAGUAGGAUAAUUGGAUUUCAUUAUUUUUUUCAAGUCACUAUCAUCAUUAAGAAGAUGUCAAAUUCAGUGAUAUUCCGUCUUGGUAGACUGGUGUCAUUUACUGCACCUGUGACACAGACAUUCUGUGUCAGCAGUUGUCAUCAGAGCCAGCACCGGCACUUCACAGUCUCACCAGCCCUAUCAUCAAAACAUUUAAACCCAGGGGUAUUUUAUGAAGCAAUCAAGGACUCUGGUAUCAAUUUUUUCUGUGGUGUCCCAGACUCAUUAUUAAAAGACUUCUGUGCCUAUGUUACCAGCAAUUCAUCUUCCAAAGAUCAUGUAAUCACUGCCAAUGAAGGGGCUGCUGUGGCACUAGCCAGUGGCUAUCAUUUGGCCACGGGUCAGACUGCUAUGGUCUACUUACAGAACUCAGGUGUGGGCAAUAUGGUCAACCCACUGAUGUCACUGGCCAACCCAGCUGUAUACAGUAUACCUAUACUUCUCCUGGUCGGAUGGAGGGGUGAGCCAGGGGUCAAAGAUGAGCCGCAGCACAUUGCUCAGGGUCGGAUUACCCGGAACAUGUUAGAGUGUAUGGACAUACCAUGUGAGGUUCUGCCUAAAGAUGUCAAUGCCAUGAAAGAACUGCUGGCUAAAGCAGACCACCAUUUCUCCACCAGGAAAUCUCCAUUUGCCAUCUUAGUGAAAAGCAAAACAUUUUCUUCCUAUAGUCUGAAGACAUCUGCACAGGAUAAUCAGUUCCCACUUACAAGAGAGGAAGCUUUGUUCAAGGUGGUUGAAUGUAUGAAUGAGAAUGAUGCAAUUGUGGGAACUACUGGCAUGUUAUCUAGGGAACUUUUUGAAUACAGGGUGUUUAAGAAGAUGGGCCAUGCUCGUGAUUUCUUGACAGUUGGCUCUAUGGGACAUGCAUCUGCCAUAGCUUUAGGAAUAGCUCUUCAGAAACCUUCUCGCCAGGUGUUCUGUUUAGAUGGAGAUGGUGCUCUCCUGAUGCACAUGGGCACAAUGGCCAGCAUAGGUCAACAAGGUCCAGAGAAUUUUAAGCAUGUAGUUUUUAACAAUGGAGCUCAUGAUUCUGUGGGGGGUCAGCCCACAGAAGCUGCAAAUCAUGAUGACUUUGACCUUUGUGCCAUCGCCAGGGGUUGUGGAUACAAGGAGGCCCUAGUAGCUGUGACUGCAGAAGAAAUCGAAGAAAAACUUAGCUACCUCCACAAAGCUAAGGGGCCAGUAUUUCUGGAAUUGAAAGUGAAGGUUGGAGCACGCUCAGACCUUGGCAGGCCAACCAGGACAACACAUGAAAACAAAGAGGAUUUUAUGACAUUUUUACAGCAUUGAAUGGUUUAGGAAAUAGUGGAUAGCUGUUUUGUAAUGACAGGUCAUAUUUUUGUUGCUGUUGUUUUAAUGGUAUGAAUAGGUUGAAUGGAGUAUUAUUAUUUGGCUUUAAUCAUGGGGAAAUCACCUUUUUUUUUCUUCACUAUUUAUUUAUGGUAAAUAUUUUUUGUUGACAUUUUUUGGGAGUUUAUACAAAUACUGCUGUAUUUUUUAUCUUUUAAUGGACUAUUUGCUUGAUGUAGAUUUAUUUUUAUUCAUUUAUUGAUCAUUAUUUAUAUAUCAUACAUUAUCAAGCCUGCUAACUUAUUGACACACACACACAUGAUUUAAAUUUGUUUAUAGAUCUUAGUAGAAUGGUCAAAUGGUGAAGACAAAGGAAUUAAAUCUUAAACAAAUUAGUCUAGCAAGGUGAAGGAUUUUGUUUCUUCCCUUGAUAUGCUAUCUCUGAUUUAUUAAAUAUUUUUGUGUACAAUCUACUGCCAAUGUCAUAGGUUCCAUAAAAAUUUUAAAAAUUUUUUACUUUAAUAAUUUUUUUGAAUGUGUUACAUGUUGCCAUUACACUGGCACAGGCUUGAAAAGUGAUGACUGAAGAAUUACUUAUAUCACCAAGUUGUUGCUAAGCCACUUAUAAACACAACCAUUCAAUCAUUAAAAGGACUGUAGAGUUGUGUCAUUAUUAAGAUCAAUCAUACACUCCAAAGGAACUAAAAUCUUGGCCUGUAGGCAUCUUUAAUUAAUUAUAAUCUUAAGGAAGAUGUAUAAACUUUUCAACUAUUAAUGGACAACUGAGACUGCUGGUAGAAACAGUUUUUAAUGUCUUACUUAACAGCAUACAUCCUAGGAAGAUUUAUAACAUUCGGAGAACUUAAUAACAAGAUAUAUUUCUUGCACCUAGUUCCAUUGUUGAAUCUGGUCCUAUAAUUAUUGUUCACUUGCAAGGCUAGUUUUGUCAUUUUUUGUUUUGAGACUUGAUGCCAUAAUGACUAUGUUUUAUAAUGCCAUCUUAUGUUUUGAUACUGUAUUUAUUUAAAAGUGAUCAUGGUCUAUGGUUGGGUACAGAUACCAACAAUCUUGAUAUUAACUGAAAGUAAAAUAGUAACUAAAAAAAAGGGUUUAAUAUUGUUUAUACAUUAUAUUAUAAUGUGCAGUAUCCACAUUUUUGUCAGGUACAUUUUUUUAAUUAAAUUAUUGUUUCAGAUUUGUUUUUGCUAAGAUAAUGUCAAACAAUAACCAGAGUAUUUUUUAUCAGCAAUUAAAGACAAGAUCUAACUAUAAUGUAGAAUAAGAAACUAUUUUAUAUUAUAGCUCUUUAAUGAGGUUUAGAUUUAUUAUACUAUUAUCAAAAUUAGUGAGAAAAAUCUUAAAAAGUGUAAAAACUACAAUAAUUUUUUUUUUCACCUAGUUAUUACACCAUCACACUUAUCUUUUUUUUCUUCUUGUAAGUAAUUCCCACUUCUGUUCAAAUAAAUGCUAUGAAUAAGACAUGAACUUAGAAAUUGAAAUUGACAAAACUAUAUGCUGUUCAUUGUAUAUUGCUGUGCAUUUUUAAGUCUGCUGUACUUACUGUCUAUGCAAUCUGAUAGAAUGGAUUUUUUCUCUCUCUGUAUUUGAAUAUAUUUUUGCUUACUCUGGCUUUUUUUUCUGAACACAAUUUAAAAAAAAAAAAUUGAUGUAUUUAGCUUUAUUUAUCUUCCUUUUUUAAGUAGUCGGUGCUAGCAGAGUUUUUUUGUUUGAGGCAGGUGGUCAAAUUGUUAUCUGCUAGUCAAUUCUGGCAACAACAAUCUUCUUAAUAAUAAUACAGGUCUUUUUUUUACCUCAAAUGGAGCGUACUUUGCCAUUGGAUUCUGUUCUAGGCAAUACCUCUAAUUUGGGUCUAUGUCCAUCUUGCCAUUUUUGUUUCUUGUUCUACUGAGCUUCUCCAAAUUUACUUUGGUCUCCAGUAUGAUACUAAUAACAACAAUAAGCUUUGGUAUGGCAAAGGAAAUUAUUUUUUUAUCAUGCAUUAUGCAUGCAAAUUCAAUGUUACUUAUAAAACAACAUUUAUUAAAAUAUACAAGUACAUAACAUACAAUGUACCUUUAUUUAACAAUCACAUUCAAACAUUUCAUUCAAUAUGGGAUGGACUGAACAUUUGAAUAGUUACAAUAUUCAGUAUUCUAACAACUUAUAGUAGUAGCAUAAUAUGUUUCAUUAAAAAGGUUUACUGCUUUAAUGCAAUUAAAAUACUGACAUUCAAAGUUAUUUUUUUUUUUACAAAGUACUUACAAAAGGUUUUUAAAAUGUGCAUUAAAUUUGGUUAUUUGUAUUUGAAGAUGUCAAUACUUUAGUCAGUCUAGUAGCAAGUGCUGUAAUUGUUGAUGUAUAGGAAAUAUAAAAUGGCAAUGUCUUCAAUUCCGAAGAUUAAGGAUGCUUGCUGUGAUUCACAUGACUAUGCAGACCCAUUUGAAAACCUGUAUAGUUUCCUGCAUCUCAUGCAGACAAAGCCAAUGUCCCGCUGGCGGUCUAUUUAAGUUUACUUUCUGUCUUCUGUGCCUAUUUACAAUAGUCUCAAAUCAGUAUUUGCCUGUUAGAGUUAAGCCUAGGGCUAGUCUUAACUUUGCUUGAUAUAAAUAUAUCUUGAAUUGUUUAAAAUUUACUAAUUAUAUCAAAAAAUUUUGUUUUUAUAAUGAUAGCAUACUAUUGGUACCUACAGUAUACAUUUUAAAAACAAUAAUAUAAUGUAAAAAAACAAAUCCCAAAGAAAAUUAUUUCCAGAUAUACUUACUGUUGUAUAUGUGUAUAACAUGAAAGAUCAUUGUUUAACAAUUUUUGUUUUGUCAGCAUUAUUGGUGUUAUUAUAUAAAAUGUUUUCAUCCUUUUGGAACAAACAAAAGUAACUACCAGUAGAAUACAUUUUAAUUGCCUGAACAAAUAUUUUUGUUUUCUUUACAAUGGAGUUGAGAAAUGUCUGUGUUUUUGGAGCUUUUUUUUGGUUUAUUUACUGAGUUUUUUGGUAAGCCAGCAUCAGUGUGUCUGGUACAAUAGGAAACAUCAUGAUGAAUAAUUUAAUGAUUAAAUGCUCUAUUUGGAUUCUUUAGUGCAAUGCUCAAACCUUAAUCAAUCAACAUUUUAAUCAACUAACAUUCCAUUAAUUAUGUCACUUUGCUUCAGAAUGUGAGAGUUACUGAAAGGUUUUUAAAACCAUUGAUUUUAAAACCAUUGAAAACUAUUGCUAUUGGCAUUUGUUUGUUUGGGUUCAAGAAUUUAAAACAGUAAUUGUAUUAGAAGAAUAUUUAGGUUUUAUUCAUUCUGUGUUACUUCAUUUUCUGGGUUUAAUAACGAUUCAUUUCAUUUGUGAUUUCAGGAGCUUAGAGUUUAAAGUUUUUAAAAAUUCUAUGAAACCUGAACAAAAGCAUGGUGUUAAGCUGGUGUACCAAGUAUCUUGGUGCAAUAUCACUUAAUUUGAUAAUGGUUAUUUAUAUAUGUAAUGCUUAAUUCUCUCCAAAUUAAAUCUUGUUGGUCAGUUGUGCCAUAUUUCUAACUAGUUCAUCUCUGGCAAAUCUUUACUAUACUCUAUACCAAACAAAUCAUGAUCAAUUUAAUAUUGAUUUGAUAGAGCUAAUUCUGGGUAAGAAUUUCACCAUAAUUCUUAGAAUGUUAUUUCAUCUUUAGAAAAGUUAUAGUGAUUUUUUAAUUUGGUAAAUAUCUUUCAGAAAGUUAGCCUGGGGUAUUUUUAAAUGAGAGGAUUUUAAAUCAUUUUCACUUUUUUAAAAUUACAAUCAAGGCUCUCCCACAUAUUUAUAUUAUUAUUAUUUACUUAUUUGAACUUAGCCUAAACUUCAGACUCACUUUGCCACAGUGGAUCAUGCAUUUAUACUUAUUGCAGAUGUUUGCUGUGAAUUGUUUUCUUUAUUCUAAUGCUAGAACAUGGUCAUAAUCUCAUUCAAGCAGUAGAGGAGGAGUACCAUAUUUCUCAAUGUUCCUUUACACAAUACAAUUAUCUACUAUGAAAUGCAAAUAUCACUUGAGAAUCACUUUGACAAAUAUGGCUUUAAAAUUUAAGAAAAAAAUAUUAAAUAAUUAUAAUGGCAGAGUUAAAAAAUGAUUACAAUUUAUGUCAUGCAUUGAUAAUCAUAUUGUCAUCUGUAUUUAAGUCUAUGCAUUUAUUACAAAAGUACUACUUUAUCUGUUUAAAUCAGAGCUUUGUUUGACAGAGAUCCACUUGUAUUUCUUUUGAUUUUACUAUUCACAAACAGUGUAUGUACUUUUGUGUGUGUGGGUCAAGUGAUAGCAUUGUUUUGAAUGUUAACUUGGGAAGAUAAUUUUAAUGUGCUGGUAAAUACCUUUUUACUGUGAUAAUCAUCAGUUCCCAUCUUGGUGACAGUACAGUUAAAAACUAUAAUCGACUCAGCUGCCUAUCAAUCAAUAAUUUGUCUCAUCAUUUUGUAUGUAUUUUAACAUGAUUCUGUCCAAGAUCCAUUGAGACUCGUCAUCUUACUUCUGAUUUUGUUUUUCUGUAAGGAGGAGGGGGAGGUAGAGUAUGUAACUUCAACUUUCUCUCACACACACACACAAACACAAAAAUGCUUUUAAAAAUGUCAAAAGGGCAAUGCUGUGCACAAACACCGUGAAAAUGUCAUGCUCUUGUGUUUCUUAACACUUUCUCUUCCAAAUCCUGCCAUAGGAAAGCAGCUAAUGCACAGAGAUUGUACAAGAAAUGUGUAUUGAUUGGAAAAUGCUAGUUAUUACUAGGACAUUAGCUGUGCUCAUGAUCCCUUUCAGUUUCCUGCCAAAUUGAAAAGAGAGGUAGACGGAUCUGAACUAGUAUAAACUUAAGAAUUAGAUUUUUGAAGCCUAUGCAUAUCAACAAAAAAAAAAAACUGUCAUUUUUAUUGCCACAAUUGCUGGAAUUUUAUUUGUAUCACUUUUGUCCAUGGUUCAGUAGAGUGAGUGAGACAGACAGUAUUAAGUGAUUUGUUUUCCUUUUCCACAGAUAAAAUGUUACAAACAAAUUGUAUAUAGGUUUAGUGUUCAACUAUUUCUGCCUGAUUAAUGUGUAUGUUGCAUGACAUUUUUCUUAUCACUUUCAUUAGAGGGAGCUUAUCAAGAUGGUUUUUGUGUAUUACCCACCAUUCAAAAGACUGCUUUUUUUUUUAUUAUGUAUCAUUGAUUUUAAAAGGUGAACAUGUUUCAAUUAGUGUGAUAACCAAUGAAAUAAAUUAUUCUAAUUCUUAAAA